CGAAAAAUGGGUCGCGCGCAUAAUUGCACGGGAACACAGCGGAUGGUCAUCCGCAAAAAGUCCAUGUCAGGCAGCAGCCAACGCGAAAUCACAGAGUAUUUGGGACGCAAAAAAUCCGAAACGACCUAAUGCCCAAGAAAAACGACUGCGAAGGAUGACUCUGCCAUAAAACAAGCCUCCAAGAAAGAAUCCUUCAAGGCCUCGAAAAAGAUCCGUGAUGAAUUGAACUUGUCUGUAAGUUCCCUGACAGUUCACCGGCGGCUAGUGGAGUAGGGGCUAGACGGUAAAAGCUCCCAGAAAGUCCCGAAAGACCACUUCGAUUAGAUCGGUCCGGAGAAAGAAAAGUAGUGGCGAAAUAUACUGUGGUCGGGUGAGACGAAGGUAAACCUCAUCGGCUCGGACGGAAAAACUUGGGACCAUCGCCCAAUAGGCUGCGCUUACAUGCCACAGUAUACCACGAAGACAUUCAGAAUUGGAGGAGGGAACGUCAUGGAGUGCCAGCGCAGUCACCAGAUCUGAACCCCAUAGAGAAUCUAUGGGAGAUCGUGAAAAGGUCGGUGUACACGGAGAAGUCGAAGAAUAAGCAGCAACUGUGGGAUAGGAUCAAAGCGUGUUGGUACGCCAUCCCGGUCACCACGUGUCGAAAGCUGGUGGAAUCCAUGUCGAACAAGAUCGGCCAAACUAGAUUCCACAAGUCGCAUCAUUUCGAUCGAUGGAAUCGCAUUUGCAUGUUAUCCGAACAGAAACGUCCCGGAGUAGGUGGUAAACAUUAUUCUGCAACUGAUGGCCCGGAGUACUGUUUGCCUUCGCUAUAUCCACCCCAAAAGGGCCCACUGCUUCCGUCGUGGCUAACCAACGACCGGAAAGUCUUGUGUUUCCAUGGAUACAUUCAGGAAACGCUAACUGAAGUGGAUCGCAUUCCGUAUCAAAUACGGAAAGUUAAAAUCCUAUACUAUCUUGAGGAUGGCACGAUGCAGGUAAGCGAACCACGAACGCUAAAUUCCGGCAUCCCACAGGGUUGCCUGGUAACGCGCCAACGCAUACCCCGACCGCAGCCAUACGAUGGCGAGUUUACAUCGCUGCUCGAUUUGAAUAUUAACCACACGGUGCAACUGUUCGAUCGGGUAUACACCAUCACCGGAUGCGAUGAGUACACUAGAAAUUUUCUGAACAGACUCGGCGUUUCAGUUCCCGAAUCAGUGGAGGCCCCAAUUGACCCCAGCACGGAACUGCGCAAAAAACAAGAUGCCGCGAAAUUGGCCAAGAAACCGGCAUACAAAAUCGACACCUUGGGCAAGUUUAUUGAAUACGACCGAAAGGUGCUACGUUUCCAGGGAUUUUGGGAUGACCGGUCGAGUCUCUUCGGCGAUUUACACGAGCUGGAAGUGCUCUAUCACUUGAGCGACGAUUCCAUUGAGAUUAAGGAAAAUCUCCCGAUAAAUUCGGGGCGAGACUCGAACGGGAUGUUUCUAAGGAGAGGUCGCCUGCCGAAACGAUUCGAACGAAUUCCGACGAUGGGCGAAAGUGCACCCAUCACGGUGCUGAACGUACUUGGUGGUGGGCUGAAGGGAGGACGCUAUUUGAACGAUUGCGUUGGAAUCGGUAGAAUCGACGACAACUACUACAAGGACUCAGAUUUGGCCAUAGGAAAAAGUAUUAACGUUUAUGGUCGAACAAUAGCUCUCACAAGUUGUGAUCAGUUUACACAGGAUUACUACAGGAACAAGUUUGGUAUCGAAGAUUUUACACCGAUUCUUGGGUAUAGCGUGAGGCGGAAUGAAUUCCAACAGCGUGUUCGUAGAGAACGGGAGCUUCCACCUUACAAUGGCUGGGGUUCCCACGAGGAUUCCGAAGGAAAUUGCAUGACCGUUGAACCUAAACCACCAAAAAUAGAUUUUCGUAAAUUUGUGCUAUACGAUCGGUGUAAUCUUCGCUUCGGGGCUCGCAUGAUUUCCGACAUCAAAGAAAAUAACGAUCGAUUUUUCGUUAUCACAUACUAUCUCAAUGACGACACUGUAUCAGUUUAUGAAUUGAUGAUACGAAAUUCAGGUUUUCAGGGGGGUGAAUUUAUUAAGCGUUCUAGGAUUCUACUACCGAACCAAGACAUUUUCAUCUCUUCCCGACCGAGAUAUUACCAAGCCAAAGAUUUUUACCUUGGCCAAACGGUCAUCUUACAAGACCACAAGUUCAGCAUAACGAAUGCUGACAUCUACGCACUCUCGUUCAUGGAGGCACACUGUGAAGAGUUCCACCUGUCCAACGUGUCGAAGAUUUUGCAGAAAAUACGGAAUGCGUUGCAGCCCAUCUAUAAGGAUUACAUCGCAAAACAUUUGGCCAAAGUGGAUCAUAAAAAAAUAGACGGUAAAACGGUAGCCACUGUGAACUACGAAGCUCUGCGAGAGAUGCUUACGGAGCUGAUCGGUGAUCAGAUUAUCGAGCAAGAAAUCGUUACAUUGUGUCGUCAAUUUUCCGCUGAGUUCAAGCAAGAUGUGAAAUGCGACAAGGAGUUGGUAAGAUCUGCUGUUCAUGGCGAAUUGACGCGAGAACUCUGGAACGAUCUGGAGCGGACGAAGGAGCACAUGUAUCAUUUGAAUCCGACCUCCAAUGGAUGGAUGAGUGCAAAACAUAUUUGUGGCACGUUGAAAGCAUGUAGAAUUCCCCUAGACAACGCACUGAUUGAUGCAAUGCUCAAAGUCUUGAACAAGAACGAGCGGGGCGAUUUCGAGGUGAAGGAUUUCCUUAACAUGCUGAAUCCCAUCGAAGUUCCCUGUAAACCACUGCAACCAUUGAAUAUCAAACACGACGUUUGCUACUUUACUCCUUACCAGGUCAGCGGAAAUCUGGUCGAUUGGGAACAACUGCUAGCCAGUAUCGAUCUGGAGAAUAAUUUGACGGCACAAACAUCAUAAACAUUGCUCAAAAAAUAUUUUUAAUGAUUCUCAGGUGUGUAAAGACUUUCGAUAUAUUUCUAAUAAAAUGUAUUUAGUAGCUCCUUA